UCGAGGCAGCGGUAAUGUCCCCACCAUGGGUCGGAUAAAGUGCAUAGGGGGAUGCCUGUCUGUGUUCAUCGCCGCCGUCCUAUUCGACGUUCUCGGCGUAAUCCUGCUCUUCAUCGGCAUCUUCGCAGACGUGCGCAUCGGCGGCCGCUUUUACGGCGACUUUUUGAUCUACACCGGCUCUCUGGUGAUCUUCACCAGCCUGGCCUUCUGGGUCAUGUGGUACGUGGGCAACGUGCCGGUGUCUGAGGACGACGGCUGGAUGAGGAAGAGGAGCGGCGGCGUCGCGCGGCUGGCGAGGAAACUCACGGAGAGGCUGAGCCAGAAGCUGAAGCCGGAGGCCCGCGUGAAGUACGUGGAGGAGGAUAAGAAGGAAGGCAGCCAGGUGAGCGCACCUGCACCUCGCGAGGCCAGCCGGGUGACGUGGGGCAGAUCCACAGUGUACCACAACGAGGGCUACGAGGACUCUGUGGACUCCCUUUCUGUGGAGAAGAAAGUGGAGACAGGACAAGAAGAAAAGACAGAGAUCUGAACCUCCAGCUGGUGCACCUGAUGGGUAGCUUCACCUUAGAUGCUUUAAAUGUGCCAUGUCUGCUUACAUAUCAAUGCUGCUGCUUCUGUAACGACUGUUAUAUAUUAUUACAUCAUUCUCAGACAAAACUAAAUGAAGGUUCAUUGACAGGGUUUUUACCAGCACAAACAAAGUAUGUAAUGCGUCACAUUCAGAGAACUGCUGAGUGAUGAUGCAUUUAAACCCUGAAUAUCUAUUUGAAUGUCAAAUCACAUGUUAAAAAGUCCUGCAAGUCCUUUUGCAUUUAUGGCAAACCAGACGACAUUUAGAUCUGUGAAUGAAGAACAACAGGAUAAGGAAACAACAGUUAGUGUGUGUGUGUGUGUGUACACAGGGUUUUUAGAAAUACUGAGGCACACCCUUCAAUAUAUUUAGACACUAAAGAGUUUUCAUUUUCAGUAACACUUUACUGAAAAUGAAAGUGUUACUGAAACAUGUAUAGACCAGUGUUACUGGUCUAUACAUUUCCUGGAAAGACUUCAGUCCUACUGAUAAAGAACAAACACUGUGUUUAGAUGGUUCACUCUGAAUUAUUCAAUUCCUAUCGAGGUCGAAAUGACAUUUCAAAGCUUUCUUCACUGUCAUGCAGAGCUGGAUUGGCAACUGUUCAUUUCAAAUGUGUUAGUUAAUAUAUAUAUUUACCACAGGUUGCAUUAAAUUGAUAAACGCUUGUGAUGAUUGACUGCAACUGAAACCAAUCAAAUAGUCCAUUUAUUUAUAGAUCUACGCAUAACAAUGAUCGAUUGAAGGUAUCGUUUGAUUGGAUAACUUUGGAUAAUACUCGGCACUGGGUUGUUUCAGGAGACACCUUAAAGGUAUCGAGUUACCAGUCCUAUCAGAGAUGGGGGUCAAUAGGGGCUAACAGCUCUUUUUCAGCCCCCUGCCGGUUAAUCCGGCCUUCUGCUGGAAUAUAACUCUAUCAUUUACUUAUUUUCUUGCUGAAAGUAUAUUUAAUCUACACAAUAGUUUAUAGCGUUCUCAGAAAGGCUGUUGUGUCCAUGCAACAAGGAGAAAUGUUCCCUUGUUGACUGUCCUCCAAUAUUUCAUCUUAAUUUAUUACUAUUUUUACACAAAUGCUUUGCCAAACACAUUGAACAUCUGUUAUUCAUGUCGUAGCUGCUGCCAGACCGAGUGAACUCAAGUCGUGUUUGCUUUCCGGCUGGCGGGGAAAGCAACACAAACACUGGUCCGACUGGUUUGCCUCAGUGGUUUUGGUGUCGGUUAAACAAAGCUGAAAUGUGAAUGUGACACCCAGUAUGACAUGCUGUAUGUCCACUAAGAUGUAUCCGUCUCUACUUAUUUCAUUUUGAGAAUAUAGACUGACGCACAAGAUGGAUUCCAGAUAAUGGCACACCUUAUGCAAAUGUCCCGGUGCCUGGCAGGGUUGUGUUUAUUGUGUUAGGGUUAGGGUCACACAGAGUUAACAUGACUGACAGCCUCACGCAUCUUUAAAUCAAACACAUGACAACGUUACAGUAAAUAAAAGGUAAUCCAGCAGCUGUGGGAGGUAUGGGCAGUGAAAGCCACAGAGCGGACACAAACAGUGGCAGCUUGACUGGUCAAACAAGCUGCUCGCAGGAAAGUUUCCAUUGCGUGUGCUUCCUCUUUGUGACAGUCACUUCACAAAAGGUGUCAUUGUUAUGGAGAUGCAUGAACUGUGAACCAGCAAAUAUUUACGGGGAAGGCUUGAAAGCAUGUAUCCGUCCUGCAGAGCUGCUCCCUGGUUAAACAUUAAGGGCUGCAUUUCUUUCCUGGGUUAAAUCUCAAGUGGGAAAGAGCUGAUAGAAGAUGCAACACACUGAUGCAGCUCUGCACGUUGGUGUCAUUAGCUGAACAAAAAGAUCAGGGGGGGGGGCUCAUUAAUUAUCAGGCUUAUCUCUGUGUAAACACAAGCUCAGUGGCAUCUGAUUAUGAAAUACGUAUAUGUGCAUAAAUCUGUCGCGCGGGGUUGCAGACAAUGGGUCGAUGAUGCGUCCGUCACAUUCUAAUGACAUAAAAAGGUGCAAAACAAGUCCACCCUGCAAGGGAAUGAGGAUGGACAGUAGAACCCGUUGUGGUUGCAUACCAGGAGUCUUGUGCAUUUAAAAAAAAUGUGAGGCGUGCUGAGAGUGAAUGAUUGAAAGGGCAGGACAGCACUUUACCGGAGAGACUUGCUGAGACGACAUCCACCUGGUCCACCGUCUCACCCAGCGCGGUCAUGGAGCACAGGAAGUGCAGCCACUUCUUCCUGUCGCUGGCUGUGAUUUUGGACGUUGUCGGCCUCAUCCUCUUCUUCGUGGGGAUCUUCGCUCCCUUGAGUUUCUGGGACUUCUUCGUGCUGUCCGGGCCUUUGCUGAUCUUCAUCAGCCUGAUCUUCUGGAUAUUCUGGUACAUGGGGAACCUCACUGUGACCGAGGAGGAGCUCAACCUGGUGAAGCCGGACAUACUGUGACCUCCGGUGUGAGGGAAGCAGGACUGAGUCAGCGCUGGCUUCCAGCUGAUGGACUCCUUCAACCCAGCAGCAUGAGAAUGAGGAGGGGGAGGGGGCCCGGCAGGACAGACUGGAGCAGAAGCUUCCCUUAAAGAAUCAUGAAUUUGUGAACCCUGAGGUUUUGCCUCCGUGAAGGAUGUGAGAUAAAACCAAAUCCGGGAAGGAACACAUAUAUAUAAAAAGAAGAAACAACUAUUCCACCCUUUGACUUCAGGGUGAAAACAACAUGUCAUGUUUAAUAUGGACAGCAGGGAUUACUGGACUUUGUUGGAGUGGAAAUCUUAUUUCUCAGCACUUUCAUUGGGAGGAAACCUUUUUAAAAAGCGCACCAUCAUGACACUGUGUGCCUUAUUUAUGUCAUUAUUAUCACAGAAUGUAUAUGUUGUGAGUUGAAGUAUAUGUAUUUUAACAUGAGAGGGAAAAGCUUUUGAGACAUGUGACAUUUAAACAUGCUUUAAAAUGACACGUUGCUGUGUUCUUUGUGAGGCCGCUCCUUAAUCAAAACUGGUCAAACACGUACUGUAGGUUAUUUAGCACAGAUCCACCCAGAGUGGAGUUCAACGGGAACAACAAACUAAACUAUUGUAUGUAGAGAGACAGGAAACCUGCUCCUUCACAAAGCAACAGAGCUCCAGUGGCUAUAAACACAUGUGCUACAGGUCUGAGCCAAUUAGCUCCAAAGAAGAAGAAGAAAAACGCAGUGCGAUCUUUAGUUUGUUCACAGCAGCCGGCGAGGAGAGUGAAACUAAUACUCUUGCUCCACGCCCGAUUCUUCCAGCCUUAAUCAGCACUCAAGGCUCCAUUAGCUCCCUCAGACGUGGAGAGUUAUUAAUGUGUCCAUUUGGGUCCGGCCCCUGAGAGAGGAAAUGGAGGAGAGGCAUAAUGGGUCUCUCACUCCGCAAAGAGGUGGAAACCCUGCUGCUAAGCACCUCCCCCCCCCACAGGACACCGCCUUCUCUGUUGUGCUCAAAUCCCCCAAGUUGUCUUGACGGAAUAUGUCAUUAUAAUCUUAAUCACAGCUGUGCUCCACAAAUGCUGGUGGCAUCUCUCGAGACAAGAGGGUCUGCUCUGAGAGCGGUGAGGACAUGAGGCUCAGAUACACAUUACAAUAAAUAUGAUAAUAGAAAUGACAAAACGUAUGAAAUAAUAACAAUUAUAACAAUAACAAACUAUAAAAAGAAAAAAGAGAUCUUAAAAUUAUCUGUCAAAACUUUAUUACUAGUAUUGGGAAGCAUUGUAUCAUAAUAAGUAUUUCUUUCACUUUUUAACCAGAUGCACUAAAAACAGGUGUCUCUAUCUCACUGACAUGUUACCUGUUAGUUGAUUGUGUUUCAUAUUAAUACUAAUCAUUUUUAUUGUCCACAAAUGUGGAAAUUAACCUUCGGCUUCACAAGUUGUUUACAAUAAAUCAUAGUAAAUCACAAUACAUACAAUAAAGAAUAACAGAGUGAACUGUGUUUACAGAGUUCUGGCUUUUGGUAUGAAUAACUUUCUGUAAAUGAACAGAAUCAGACAUAUUUGUAACUCUGGACGGUCAACUUUUGCCGCAUCAUGGUUGGUUCCAGCUUAAAUCAAAUAGCACAUUAUGGUGAAGCACAUCCUCUUUGUGUCGGUAAUGCUGAGCAUGAACCCCCAUCGUGUGGCUUGAGAGAGCUUUGGAUAACUCCCAUUAGCUGUGCCACAGCGCUCACUGCUCUAGUAAUACCACAAAUACACACAAAGUACAACAAGAAACACUGAUAGUGUAUAUGUAAACGUUAAAACAAUACUACAAACACAGACAGUAUAUAUGUAAACGUUAAAGUACUACAAGAAGCACAGAGUGUGUAUAUAUAUAUGUGUGUUAAAAUAAUACCUACAAGAAACACAGUCUCUCUAUAUAUAGAUAUAUAUAGAUAUAAAUGUUAAAAUACUACAAGGAGUCAUAUAUAAACUCUAAAAAUCCCUUCAUCUAUCUGAGACAGAUAGAAUUCUAUUUAAUAUUUCAGAUGCAGCUUCAUCAUAUAAUCUUGAUAUUAAAUGUUAUCUGAGAUUUGUACUAAAUCGAUUACUUAAAUAAAGCAAUCAAUCGUAUGUGAAUGUAUUCUCAGAUAAAGAUGGGUCCCAUUAGGCAGCUCAUAUUGGAAUAAGAUAAGAGAGGAUACUCCUUUAUUAGUCCCACAGCAGUGAGGCAGCACAGAGGAUAGAGCAACAACAAGGAAUAUAGAUAUAAUAAUACAUGUAAUAUAAGUAGAAACACGUUCUCUUCACACUAUUAUAUAUAACAUGCACCUGUUAUUAAUAAACAGAUGAAUGCUGGGAGACUUCAGGUGAUGGCAGUGUGGUUAUUAUUCUGCUCUGUUUGUGAACAUGACUUCCCCCUAAAAGCUUAAGAUGGCUGGUGAUCCAUGAUGUCAUCUCUUGGAGGAGUGCGAUGGUGCAUGUCUCCCUCCAGUGGUUGGUAGAGUGCAAGUUAAAGGUCAAUGCGACUUAUGGGUUCUUAUGGGCCCUUCAACUAUUCCCUACUUGAAUAAAAAAAUAAUGAAAUACAUGUCUGCAUUAUUUUUGAUUGUGGGCAGCAUGUGCUUCAAUAUUA